GAUUAAUUGUUCCGUUCCUGGGUGCGGUGAUUGUUGGAGUCGGAAGAAACUCAAGAAAGUGGUAGUGGCAGAGAAACAGAGCGCGAUGCAAGGCGGUGAGGAAGUAAGCAUAGAGGAGUUAGCCUCCAAUCUUUCCACCUACAAGGAUCAACUCCACCAGGUUAGACAACUUUUAAAAGAUGAGCCUGGAAAUUCUGAGUAUGUGGACAUGGAAAGGGAGCUUAAUGAGGUGAUUGCUUUGACGGAAGAACUCCUUGCAACUGCUAAGCAAAAUGAAAUAUGUGGUUCAAAUGCUGGUCCAAAUGCUAGUGCACCUUCUACUUUGUCAAAACCUAAGGAUAAUGAAGUGGAGCGGGAGAUCAGUUAUGAUCAUCAAGAUAAAUAUCCUAUUGGCAGUAAAGUUCAGGCUGUUUGGAGUGAAGACGGGGAAUGGUAUGAUGCAACAAUAGAGGCAUAUACACCAAAUGGUUAUUUUGUUUCCUAUGACAACUGGGGAAACAAAGAAGAGGUGGAUCCUGCGAAUAUAAGGCCAAUUCAAGAGGGUACUGUCGAUGCUUUGUUAGAAGCUGAGCGAGUUGCUGAAGCUACAAAGCAGGCUAUCAAACGGAAAAUUGCACAGGCGGCAACUAUCGAUGUCCAGUCACGAAGUUUACCGGCAAAGCUUCGUAUAGAACCGGAUGACCCUGAGGAUGUGAAAGCUUCCAAACGCAAGAAAAUACAUGCCUUUAAGUCAAAGAUGCGGAUGGAGCAACUUGAAGUCACACAAAAUAAGCGCCAAAAUGCUUGGCAGCAGUUUCAGUCAACCAAAGGAAAGGCAAAGAAGAUUGGUUUCUUCUCUGGAAGAAAACGGGAGAGUAUUUUCAAGUCUCCUGAUGAUCCUCACGGAAAGGUUGGUGUGACUGGUAGCGGGAAAGGUUUGACCGAGUUCCAGAAGAGAGAGAAACAUUUUCAUCUCAAGGAUGGGACAGUUGAGAGCGAUGAAUAGGUUAUGCAGCCAUUGGCUUGCAACUGUAUGUAGAAUGUUCAAACCAUUCCCAGAGGAAGUCAUCGAUGCCACAACCCCAAUUAGACUCAUUUUAUCAAGUAAAUCCACUCUGCUUUGAAACUGUUCUAAGAUCAUUUCCUUAUCGUCAACGUUAAUCUAUCUUGAUGCUAAUUUCAUUGUCUAGCUUGACGUUGGUUAGCUGAUCUUAGAUAGAUGUGUAUUGAUGUGUGAACCACUUGCUCGAUUGGUCUAUUUGGGGAAAUGGAGGUGAAUUGCCUUUUGGUUUAGUUGACUCGGUUAUCUGGUUAACCUAAGUUGUCUCAAGUACAAUGUUAUACUUAAUUAGUUGGAUCUUAAUGUGUGGAGUGACCUGACUCGUGGCACAAAAUGGUUCUGUUUGGCCAUUGGAAACUUGCCUGGUCGCUCUGUCCAUCAUUCUAGGCUAGGUUGAGAUGAUUUCGGCAACUUGAAUAUUCGUAUUUGCUUUUCCAAUAUAAAUUAAUCGAGUAUAUACUUUAACUAUGUAA